CUUCCCAUUUCCAUUUCCAAACCAAUUCGCCCGGAUUUUCUUUACCCUCGGGUUUGGUUUAAUGGAGUAAGGAAGGAGAUUAGAGCGACACGCAGACGAGCCUCCAGGGCCUUCUCUCCUCUCCUCUCCUCCCCUCUCCUCUCCUCCGGCAUCCUGUUUCCUUCCUCCUCUCCAUUAGAGGGAUCCGAUUGAUUGCUGUCGAUUUUUCGCUUGUUGGCGUGUCCUUGCGCGAUUGGACGGCCGGCGGUUGUUGUUGAUGGUUUCUGGCGGGCGCUGGAUGUUCUUCUCCCCGCUGUCUCUGGAGGCCGCGAAUUGUCCGCCGUGGGGCGAAUCCGCAGCAAUGGCGCGUUGCUCCUGAGGAGGAAUUGGGCCGCGUUCUAGGUCGAGAGCUUUUGGGGAGGAGAGAAACAGAGGCUAUAUACAGGAAGGCUUUGUUAAUUCCUUUGCUCUGGCCAUGGCGUCGAGGGACUUCCUGGGCAGGUUCGGGGGCGAGAAGGGCGCGGCGUCGGAGAGGGCGGGGGGCGGCGGCGGCGGCGAGGCAGAGGAGGCCGUGGAGCUCAGCCUGGGUCUGUCCCUGGGCGGCUGCUUCGGCGCGAGCUCGGGGCGGGACGCGAAGAAGCCGCGGCUGCAGCUGGCGCGGUCCUCGUCCAUCGGGUCCAUGUGCUCGCUCCCCGCCGGCGGCGGCGGCGGCGCCGGAAGCGAGAACGACGACCUCGCCGCCGCAACGCCGGCGCCGGCGCCGCUGAUGCGCACCAGCUCGCUGCCCGCCGAGACCGAGGAGGAGCGGUGGCGCCGCCGCGAGAUGCAGAGCCUCAAGCGCCUCCAGGCCAAGCGCAAGCGGCUCGAGCGCCGCAACUCCAUGAACUCCGGCAAGUCCGGCGGCGGCGCCGGCGACGCACAGGAGCCGCUCUACCCCAGCGCGUUCCAGCUACGCCGCUCCGUCGUCUCGCAGGGGAGCACCUCCUCCGGCAUCCCAGACCAAGGCGGUAGUGCUGCUGCUGCUGCUGCUGCUGAGGCGAGGAGCACAUCGAGCAUGGAAACAUCUUCAGAUAACAACAACAAUGGCAGCAACCAGAGCAAGUCUCUCCCGCCUCCGGCGCCGACGCCGGCCGGGAAGCCGCCGGCGCCGCCGCCGAACGGCACGGCAAAGGAACAGCCCCCGCCGCCGCCGCCGCUGCGGACGCUGCGGUCGCUGACGAUGCGCACGACGAGCACGGGGGACCUGCGGAAGAGCAUGAUGGAGGACAUGCCCAUGGUGUCCUCCAAGGUGGACGGGCCCAACGGGAAGAAGAUCGACGGAUUCCUCUACAAGUACCGGAAAGGGGAGGAGGUCCGGAUCGUGUGCGUCUGCCAUGGGAACUUCCUGACCCCCGCCGAGUUCGUCAAGCACGCCGGCGGCGGCGACGUCACCAACCCGCUCAGGCACAUCGUCGUCAACCCUUCGCCGUCGGUGUUCUUGUAAGCCAUGGCUGAGGAGAUGUAAUGUACCUAUGGGCCGGGGUUGUUUGUUUUUUUUUUACUCCUGAAAUUUUUCUUGGUCAUCGUUAGAUUAUUAUGGCUUAGUGCCCUGCCCUUUUUCCAUUGAGUGGGAAGGGAAGGAAUGCACGGGCCUGCGAUGUUUUUACUGUAAGUUAAGGGAGUGGACUAAUUUGAGAGAAUUAUGGAUCAGCUUGACACUGUCCAGCAAUGGAUGAUGGUUCAGUUGAGGCA